CACAGCCAGCUGCAGAAGUGACUCUUCCACCCUAGGGGGACUUACUCAGGCAUUCCAGGUUUGCCGUGGAAACAUCAAAACCCUCUGGUCCGAGGGAGCUGACGGCCAGGCCCUUGGUGCUGUCAGCAGGUCUCGGAGGAGCGAGGUUGGAAAUGCAACGCCGCAGCCGAGCCGGAGCAAAGCACAGAGAGCAGCCAGAGAGGCUGCCCAAAGCCACUCUGCAAAGUGCCGCUGCAGCCAGGGGCCAACUGCCCACACAGCUCCGUGCCAGGCUCUGCCGACAGCCUGCUCAGCCAGCUCCCUGCGCCCCCAGGAGAGGUCACGGGGGGAGAAACUGUCAGGCACUUGCAAUGCAGCUGCUGCCUGGCUGCUUGGGCUGGAGAGGCACAGGGAGGUGGCAGAGAAAAGCAGGAGCUGACACCCUAAUGUUUCAUCAUAGAAUCACAGAAUGGGCUGGGCUGGAAGGGACCUCCGAAGGUCACCCAGCCCAACUCCCCCUGCAGCCAGCAGGAACAUCCUCAGCUAGCUCAGGCUGCCCAGAGCCCUGCCCAGCCUCCCUGUGCGUCUCUCCAGACUGACACCAAACUCCUGGCUGCUAUUGAAGCAAGUGUGGACAUCUCAGGCUGUGCUGAAGCCUCACAUCAGAGCUGGAGCAGAAGAGUGUAAAGGAAACUUUCCAAGGAGGACUUCCCCUCUCCCCACCAAGAAGUGUUUUACUUAAUGACAUCUCCAGCACUGCUGCUGGUGGAAGGAGCUGCAUUCCAGUGAAAUCAACUUCUGCCCACAGUGCAAAGUCCUUCCUGCUCUGCACUUGGAGACAAAGUUUCCAUGGACUUAAGCAGUGCUGGAGAUUCAGUUCUGAAACUGCAGGGCCUGAAUGGACUUUGCAAAUGGAACAGUUUCAUCACCCGGGCCAGGAGCCCUCAGAGUCUGUGCAUCAGCCCCAGACCCUGAGCUCCAUCUUGAGCAGGGAUUUGUGGAAGAGAUCCUCUGACUCAAGGGCCUCAAGGCACCCGAGCCCCAGCUUAGGUGGAGCUUUCUGUACCUCCCACUUCACAGGCUCAACUUCCUGAGCCCAGGUACCCUCUGCUGCCCUGGGGCUCAGCAGCUCCUUAUCACCCAAGCAGCAAGAAAUCCCGUUCUGAUGCACAUCCCAUGUCCCAGGACACUCCAGGACCCUGGGCUGAGCUGGCUCCAACCUACAUGAUGGAGCUGCAGAUGAGAUGACUUCAAGCUUCUACUAUUCCUCUACUUUGACCUCUGACCCAAGAGAUUAGAACUUUACCCAAGGUCAGAAGGAGCUUUUGGAGCAAACCAACAGCUUGCUGCUGGUGCCAGUGUCGUGUGGCUCCUGUGAACACAGCUCACACAGACCUGACCCUGCUCUGGCAAGCAGAGCAGCUGCAAGAGCACCAUACCCUGCUGUCCUGGAGAGCUCUCUGAAGGGGUCCUCCACUGAGUUCAGCACCAUGGCACUGCUGCUCCAUCCUCCUGCAUCUCCCACCCAGCCCCUGCCCCAUGCGUGGAGAGAGCAGUGGGGCUGUUGACAAGUGAGGGCUGGUGCAGAGGACAGGCAGACCUGCUGCCCUGGGCACCCAAGGAGCAGCCUCUGCGAGCUCCUCACUGCCUUCUCCCUGGCUGCACCCUGACUUUCCAGUUGCAGCAGGGUUUAGCAGGCAGCACAGACACAGAGUCCUUUAUCUGGCGCUGGCUUUCAGUCUCGGCGUCUGCAGCCCUUGAAGUCCUGGUUGGGUGCUUCUGCCUCCCCGCUCGCACCGCUCUGCCCUGCUGGAGCCAGUUCUGCCUUCCCCUGCCCUGCUAUCUCACACUAACAGGGUUACAAAACAAGCACAGGUCCCGCAGCUAUGAACAGGUCUUUAUUUGUUGAGGUUUCUUUUUUUUUUUCUUUGUCUUUUUUUUCUCCCUUUUCUUCCCUUUGAAUUAAAUUCCUGCCAGCUCCGGGAGAGAGAGAGGGAAAGAGUAGAAAGUUUAACUCCUCCCAUUGGAGCGUCUCACGCCCCUGCCCAGCCCUUGAAACCCAAUAACCAAGAUCAUUCAACAAUGAGUUCCCUUCCCUGGCUGCAUCCUUGCCACUCUCGGACCUGCCGGAGGUACCCUGCCCGCUGCCUGCGCAGCGGCAUCGCUGCGCCCCAUCCCUCCGGGUCCCGGGCUGGGAGCGAGCCGGCGGCAGGGCAGGCGGCGCCGGUGGCUGCAGCCAAGGCGAGGAUGGAGAAGCUCUUCUUCUGGGGCUUUAUUCUGGCCUCCUCUGCCCGCUUCCAGCCGGUGCCUGCAGAGCAAGGUGCUGCGCCCUCGUGCCCACCCCAGUGCCACUGUGAGGAGGAUGGCAUCGUGCUCUCCGUGGAUUGCUCUGAGCUGGGGCUCUCAGAGGUGCCUGACAACCUGAGCCCUCUCACGGCUUAUCUAGACCUGAGCAUGAACAACAUCAGCCAGCUGCAGCCCGGCAGCCUGCGGCGCCUGCGCUUCCUGGAGGAGCUACGCCUCUCUGGAAACCACAUCUCCAGGAUCCCAGGGGAAGCUUUCUCCGGCCUCUACAGCCUGAAGAUCCUGAUGCUGCAGAACAAUCAACUGCGCCGCAUCCCCGCCGAGGCUCUGCGAGACCUUCCAAACCUCCAGUCUCUCCGCCUGGAUGCCAACCUGAUCUCUGUGGUACCCGAGAAGAGCUUCGAGGGGCUGCCCUCCCUGCGCCACCUGUGGCUGGACGAUAAUGCCCUGACCGAGAUCCCUGUCCAGGCUCUGAACCAGCUGCCAGCACUGCAGGCCAUGACCCUGGCACUCAACCAGAUCUGGCACAUCCCCGACUACGCCUUCCAGAACCUCAGCAGCCUCGUGGUGCUGCACCUGCACAACAACCGGAUCCAGAGCCUGGGGGCCAACGGCUUCGAGGGGCUGCACAGCCUGGAGACCCUGGACCUAAACUACAACGAGCUGCUGGAGUUCCCCGGGGCCAUCAGGACGCUGGGCCGGCUGCAGGAGCUCGGUUUUCACAACAACAACAUCAAAGCCAUCCCGGAGAAGGCCUUUGUUGGGAACCCUCUGCUGCAGACAAUCCACUUCUACGACAACCCCAUCCAGUUCGUUGGGCAGUCUGCCUUCCAGCACCUGCCAAAGCUCCACACCCUGUCACUCAAUGGUGCAACUGACAUCAGAGAAUUUCCAGACCUGAAGGGCACCACCAGCCUGGAAGUUCUGACCCUGACCCGGGCAGGAAUCCAUUUACUGCCCAGGGGGAUGUGCCAGCAGCUGCCCAGCCUCCGAGUCCUGGAGCUGUCACACAACCAGAUAGAAGACCUGCCCAGUUUCCACCGGUGCCAGCGACUGCAGGAGCUGGGCCUGCAGCACAACAGGAUCCAAGAGAUCAGGGCAGACACCUUCCUGCAGCUGCUGGCCCUGCGCUCCCUAGACCUCAGCUGGAAUUGCAUCCAGGUCAUUCACCCUGAAGCCUUUGUGACCCUGCACUCCCUCGCCAAGCUGGACCUGACUGACAACCAGCUGGUGACACUGCCCCUGGAUGGGCUGGGGGGACUGACCCACCUGAAGCUGCAAGGCAACCCUGCUCUCUCGGAGCCCUUCACCAAGGAGAGCUUCCCCAGGAUGAGGGUCCUGGAGGUGCCUUAUGCCUACCAGUGCUGUGCCUAUGGCAGCUGCAGCAGCCUCUUCAAGACGCCCAACCAAUGGCAGGCAGAGGGCAGGAGCCCUGAGGAGGAGGAUCCCCACAAGAGGACCAUGGAGUUGUUCCCAGGUCAUGCUGACAACCACUAUGACCUAGAUGCAGAAGACCUCCAGCUGGACCUUGAGGAAUCAAAGCUGCACCCUACUGUUCAGUGCACGCCCAGCCCAGGUCCCUUCAAGCCCUGUGAGCACUUGUUUGAGAGCUGGACCAUCCGCCUGGGGGUCUGGGCCAUCGUGCUGGUGUCGCUGCUCUGCAACGGGCUGCUGCUGCUGGCUGUCUUCGCCUCCCCCGGCUACCUCUCUCCGGUGAAGUUCCUCAUCGGCUCCCUGGCCGGAGCCAACCUGCUGACAGGCCUCUCCUGCGGCGCGCUGGCCCUGCUGGACGCGCUCACCUACGGCCAGUUCGCCCGGCACGGUGCCCGCUGGGAGGGCAGCACAGGCUGCAGGCUGACAGGGUUCCUGUCGCUCUGGGCCUCCCAGGCUGCCACCUUCCUGCUGACGCUGGCAGCUGUGCAGUGCAGCCUCUCGGCCUCCUGCGUGCGGGGCUACGGCAAGGCUCCCUCCCUGGGCAAGGUCAAGGCCGCGGCCUUGGGCUGCCUGCUGCUGUCCUCCGUGGCCGCUGCCCUGCCCCUCUUCUCAGUGGGCGAGUACGGAGCAUCCCCCCUCUGCCUGCCAUACCCCGUGCCCGACGGGCAGCCUGCCGCGCUGGGCUUCGCCGUGGCGCUGGUGAUGACGAACAUGCUCUGCUUCCUGACCAUCACCGCCACCUACAUCCGGCUCUACUGCAGCCUGCUCCGGGGCGAGUUCGGCGCCAUCUGGGACUGUGCCAUGGUCAAACAUGUGGCCUGGCUGAUCUUCACCAACUGCCUCCUCUACUGCCCCGUGGCCUUCCUCACCUUCUCCUCCAUGCUCAACCUCUUCCUCGUCACCCCGGAGGUCAUCAAGUCCAUCCUCCUUGUGGUCCUGCCCCUGCCCGCCUGCCUGAACCCCCUGCUCUACCUGCUCUUCAACCCCCACUUCAGGGAUGACCUCCGCCUGCUGAGGCAGAGGAGCCAGGACAAGAGGAGCUACUCCCAGACCUGCAGGGCCGACGACCUGGAGAAGAGUUCCUACGACUCCACCCAGGCUCUGGUGAGCUUCAGCGACAUCGACCACAUCUUCGAGACGCCCAAGGCCCUGGGGGUGCACCCAGUCCUCGACAGCUACAGCUUCCCCUCCAUGACGCUGGUGCCCUGCCAGCAGCGGGUGGGCAGCAGGGGCCAAGAGAGAGGCUGCCCUGAGCACUGCCCCUGCCUCGGUGACAGGGAGGUGCUGAUUGCUGCCGAGAACCGAGACGCUGCCAGCAGCAGCCUGCGGAUCACCUUCCUGCCCUCCCCGCCCUACACCUCUCACUUGUAGAGCUCCUCCGAGCAGCCAAGGCCAAGAGCCACAGGCCGCACGGCCAGGCCCGCACGGUGACAGCAGAGCUGCUCCAGCUACCUACCCACCCUCACCCCAGCACACCUGCCUGCUGCCAGGCUGCCGGGCACCUGGAGGGGCUCUGACUGAGCUCCAGAUACUCAGGGCUGGCAUGGGAGGAUAUAAAGCCCCUGCACAACUGUUUCUCCUGCUAGAGACUGCUCCACCAGCCUGGGAGAUGGGGCAGGGAGACCAUCAUCAUCAUCACCAUCACCAUCAUCAUUGCCUUGCAGCGUGGCAAGCCAGAAGGAGCCUGCAGCAAAGCCGAGGACAUCUUAGCAAGCCAAAGCCACUGCUCUGUGGCAAACCCACAUGGAAAUGGCUGCCUGCAAUGUGGCCACCCAUAGGGACCUCAGACCUUGUCCUGCAGGGUCCUCUGCAGGUCAGGCAGAGCCCUGGAACAGGCUCGUGUCUGCCCUGUGCCAUCGACUGGAAGAGCAGCAGAGGUGAGUCGGGAGCAGUGCACCCAUGCCUGCACCCCUCUCUCACUGGGCACAGGCUCAGCCAGUGUCAGCUGCUGGGGAUGCCCAGAUCCUCUUUCAGACCCGUGGUGCCCAACGAGGAGUCUCUGAGCCCCAGGGCAGCCAAAUCCAAGCUCCUCCCUUUGCUCAAGGUCACCUGGCAGCACCUAGCCAGGGUGCCCAAGGGGACACCAGGCUGCUUCCACCUCCACCCUCCCUUCACCUUCACUUGCUGCAGCACACCUGGGGCACCCCUGUCUGUAGUCACCCGGCCCCAUGAAGAUGGGGUCUGGCCUCCUCAGUGCCCCCACACCUCAGCCCUGGCAGAGGUUCUUGGUUCUUGGGUACACUCCCCAAGCCAUUUCAAGGGUGGCCUUUGCCCUCCCUUAUUUUAGGGGCAUCUCCUGUAGAAGGAGAGAAGAGAAAUCAGCCUUGUGGGACGAUGGCAUCAGGGGGACACAGGCCCCUGGGAAUCAUCUCAAAUGAACUCAGUGCAGCUCAGGGAUCUCCCAAAUCCACCCUCUCCAUCAGGAGCCCUCUCACUGCCACCCAGCACAGCAGGGAGCUCAGGCCCUGGGCAAAGCUUUGGUUGUGCUGCCAGCUCUGCAGCUCUGUGUUCGGAGAUAAUAAACG